GAGUGUUUCGUUUUGGCUGACAGUGAUGUGUGAUGAGAGGCUUUUGACAGUUUAUGUGUUUGGCCUAACGGGCCUAACCAACCCAAAGAUUAGCGGAAUGAGCAAGGUUUUUGUUAAUCAUUUGGGACUGCCUCUUUCACCUUUCCUUAAGUGACUGUCACCCAUCUUUCUGUCAACGAAUUUAAUAAUUUCAAUUGACACUACCGGACUCAACAGGGAACGCUGCCUUGUAAACCUAUACCAAAAGAAGAGAGGAACGUCAUCGUCCAUCAACUUUUUUUUUGUUUUGAUAUCAGAAAAGUGUAGGAAACGUCGAAUCGUUAGUUUUCCGUGAUCCUCUCUUAGUGAAAAACCGUAGACAAUAUCAAGAAAUAGAGAAUUCUAGCGCAAUAAAUUUUAGAUAAAAUGACAACCCCGAACUUAAGUCAAUACUUUACCAAUGAUCCGCCCAGUUUAUUUGAUCAAUUAAGUGGCACAACUGACUCCCAUUCGAACACGUCAAUGGAUGUUAACUACGGAGUCAAUGAAGCAGUUGAUAUGACUUCGAAUCAGAAAGAAAUCAAAGUACCAGACGAUGUGAAGGAUAAGUGGGCACCUCCACACACUGAACCUGGUAUCCCACCAUUAUUAACAAUGCCUGGCGUACAGUCACCCAACGAUCUGUCGGACCCUAUACGUGACGCUGUCAAUUAUUUGCUGGGCGAAACUGAGGCGAAGCAAAGGAAAGUUUUGUCAGCAGAAGAUGUGACUCAGGACGAACGUGGUCUACGACAAUUGAUUGAGUGUGGAUGCUUUCGAUCCGCUGUAAAUUUAACCGGACGACUGCUUACGAUAUACGGCCAAGGACAAGGACGUGCCGGUCAACCAGCCAAACAUACAACUCAUUCGUUGCAGUUGUGGUUCACUAGAUGCGCCCUGUUGGUGAAAUUAGGUCAGUACGACCUUUGUCAAUUCGAGUCGGAGCCGUUCGGAUCUUUAACGCGACCGGACAUUUACUUCGAGUUCUAUCCGGAAAUGUAUCCGAAUCGAAAGGGCUCGAUGGCAUCGUUUUCCUUCCGUUUACUCUUGGCUGAACUACCGUCGUAUUUAGGACAACCGAAGACCGCGAUCGAUAAACUAACUGAACUAUCGCUGAUUUCGGCAGAGAUAAAAGACUUCUACGGAAAGGAGCAGCCCGAAUCGUUUGAAUUUUGGCAGCAGAGAGAGAACCGUGUAAUUCAUUCCCUGGUCAACUGUGCUCUGACGAUGAAAGACUUUAGCCUCGCUGAUCACUUAAUGGACAAAAUGACGAAGCAACCAAACUUACAAAAUGAUCGGAAACGCGCACUGUACUCGGCUUGGGGACGUAUUUAUCUGCAGUGCGGAGAUGUGUUUGGAGCGGAACAGAAAUUUUUGGAGUCUCGACGGUCUAAGGAGUCAAAUUCCACCGCAGAUUUGCGAGAUUUGAUCGACAGAGGCCUGAUAGCAGUAGCACAAAAUGAUUUCCAAACCGCAUUUGGAUUCUUUGAAAAUGCAUUGAAAUUGGAACAAACACCGAACACUAUGUUGCAGCUGAAAGAUGCAAUCGCGUUGUUUGAACGUGCCGUGAUAUCGAAUCCGCAGAAAGGCUUGAACGAGAGUCUUCUGUUGAAUUUGUCAACGCUGUACGAAUUGGAGUCGAGCAAUGAUGUGAUCAAGAAAUUGGCACUGUUGAAGCAGAUAAAUCGACACAAGAACGAUUUGAAUAUCAAUUUGGAGUAUUGUCUUAAACUGCAAACGGGAAAUAAAGUUUAUUAGGAAAUUGAAAAUGAAAAA